CAAGUACAUUCAAUGGAUGAGGAAUCCGUACGUGCAGACGCUUUACUGCGCCUUGGUCACUUUUUGUAACUUUUACAACUUUUAGUUGUCGGUUGUGAUAACUCAAAAAAAGCUGUUCACGAUAUUUUAACUGGUUAUAAAGUUGUUCAAAUUGUGUUUCUUUCGAGCGAAACAGGACGAGACGCUGACGUUAGCAGUGUAUGGCUAUAUUCCCAAGCCUCCCACCCAGUUUGAAAUCCAUAAUCGCGUUUAUGACAUUUUGAGUCUGACAUGGCAGGUUUAACACUACAGGUAAGCACAGAUUAAUAUGUUUUAUUUAGCCUAAUUACUAUCUACAAUCGCUUCUAAUAAUAUAAUAAUAAUAUGCCAUUUAGCAGACGCUUUUAUCCAAAGCGACUUACAGUCAUGCGUGCAUACAUUUUUUUUUGUGUAUGGGUGGUCCCGGGGAUCGAACCCACUACCUUAGCGUUACAAGCGCCGUGCUCUACCAGCUGAGCUACAGAGGACCUCUCUCAUCAAGAUUUGUUUGUACCACUGUCUCGUGAAAAAUCAUUGUGAAUAGCCACCAGACAAUGGAUGGUUUCUGGUUAAACUGGUUUCACCACUUUACUUUGCUUUUAUUAAUUACAUUUUCCUUAUGCAACAAUGCAGCCUGGGUAAUACCAAAGUAGCUAGUUAGCUAUACCAACCUGUUUGUUUCAAUGGUUCAUGUUACUGUUGUGAAUCAGACAGGCGUUUUUCCACAUGUAACCAGCCAUCAACUCCAUUGGCAGACAUGCCGGAGAGUUAUAUCUACUCUCGGUUCUCUACUUCUCAAGCCAUAACACUGCUCCAUCACCAGCUACAAUGUACCGUUCUUGAAAUAUCCAGUGGUAAAAAGCAUAAAUGAGUAGUUACAGUAUUAAUUCUGAUUUGGCCAGUGGGUGACAGGGUGUGUCAGAAGUGUGGUCAGAUGAUUCAGUGUUUCCCUUAGCCUUUAGGCAGGGAGGGUUGUUCCUCUACAGAGCUUUCGUCUACAAAUGUUCUGAUUGGACAAAAACUGGUGCCACAUGCAAACACAACACAUUGCCUUAUAUUGGCCCGGUUGUUGCAAUUUGCUCACAUAUAUAAACCGUUGCCACCUUCCAUUCAUCAAAAGUUCCAUCCCUCCCAAAGCACCUGCCUGCGGGCCUGGUGGAGGGGGACAUCCUGGACCCGGAGUUCCAGCAGCGGCUGGAGGACGCACGCACCCUGCUGAGGCAGGAGAUCCAACGGGAGCUGAGGAUCAAGGAGGCGGCCGAGAGGCUGCGGCGGGCCGUCACUAACCGUAAGAGCGCCGCCGAAGUGGAGGGCCAGUUGAGGGCGUCGAGCCGCAAGCUGGAGCAGCUGCACUGGGAGCUGCAGGAGCUCAACACUCGUGCCAUCACCCCCAAGCCCCAGAAGGACAGCACCACAGGUAAUAAUUAUGACUGUUCUCAGAUCUGUGUGUUCUGUAAAGCCAACUUCUAUGGUUGACAAUGACCAUGGACAUGGGAGUUGGCUUUACAACACAAACAGGUUAGUAAUAAUCAUGAUGAUGAUCAUCAUCAUGAUGACAAUAUUAACUUUUGACAAAUUAUGCUCAAUCUGCCAUCUAAAACAGAUACUAUUAGCAGUAGGAACAAGUAAUGGUACGUUUUUGUUGUUGUUGCAAGGAAUAGGCUAAGACAAAUAGAUCACUAAAUAGGCUUUUUCAGCAACUGUAUCCCAACUUUCUGUCCUGUCACUUACUGCUUGUGUCUCUGUCAAAGCAGAUGACACCACGUCGCCUGACCCGUGUCGCUGGGAGGAGGUGACAUCCCCACUUGCCGGGCGCAUCUGUGCCCUGAAGAAACAGCUCACCAUGGAGACCAAGGUGAAGCAGGGGGCCGAGAACAUCAUCCAGACCUACGUCAGCAGCUCUGUCAAGGUUUGGUACACACACACACACACACACACACAUUUACACUAUGCAUCUGUCAAAUAAGCUUUCCAUGUUACACGAAUGCCACUAAGGUCAAUGUUUUGGAAACCACUAUACUCACCAUAUGAGUGAAGAGCCAAUUCAAUUAAGGCAUUAUAGUGCCUCAGCACUUUUGUUUUGGACCAAUGCCAGAAGGAUUUCAGCACUCCGUCCCCCCCAAGACGCACACACAACUUUUAAAGUCCUCCUUGCGUGAUAUUGACUCUGUUGAAAAGCAGAAUACAUCAUGCUGUCUAAUGUAGUGGCUUGUAAAUGAUAUUAGACACAGGGCUCCCAUUUGUUUUGUCAUGUUGAAUGUUCAGUAAUGUGAUGCUGAGGUACGCUGUUGAACUCUGCACUGGCAGCCAGUGAUUUAUGCCUCCACUGCUAUGUGUGAUUCAGACUCAGCUUGUGUAUGGAGUUUCCAUCACAUGCACUCACUUACUUGCUCAGUCAAGCACACUCACACACACCACACACACGCGCUCUCAACUGUUCUCUCUCACACAUACACAGUCACUCACUCAAAAUCAGAGAUAUAUGAUCACACAAACACCCACACCCUUCUACUGAGCCGACUGGGUUUAUGUGUGGACUUCUCUCCUCCCGGCCUGGCGACAGCAGCAGACCAUGUGACUCUAUGCUAGCCAAUGUAGUUGUAGGGUAGAGUCAGCCAGGGUCCUGCCAGGCACAGAGUUAAACUUGUCCUGUGGAAGGAAGUCUGGAAACAGAGGGAGAAAGGGAAGAAGAGGAGACUGAAGGAGGGAUGGAGGAGGAGACUGAAGGAGGGAUGGAGGAGGAGACUGAAGGGGGGAUGGAGGAGGAGACUGAAGGAGGGAUGGAGGAGGAGACUGAAGGAGGGAUGGAGGAGGAGACUGAAGGAGGGAUGGAGGAGGAGACUGAAGGAGGGAUGGAGGAGGAGACUGAAGGAGGGAUGGAGGAGGAGACUGAAGGAGGGAUGGAGGAGGAGACUGAAGGAGGGAUGGAGGAGGAGACUGAAGGAGGGAUGGAGAGGAGACUGAAGGAGGGAUGGAGGAGGAGACUGAAGGAGGGAUGGAGGAGGAGACUGAAGGAGGGAUGGAGGAGGAGACUGAAGGAGGGAUGGAGGAGACUGAAGGAGGUGAGAGGAGGGAUGGAAGGAGGAUGAGAGGAGACUGAAGGAGGGAUGGAGGAGGAGACUGAAGGAGGAGGGAGGAGACUGAAGGAGGAUGAGAGGAGACUGAAGGAGGGAUGGAGGAGGAGACUGAGUGGGAUGGAGGAGUGAGACUGAAGGGAGGAUGGAGAGACUGAGGAUGGGAUGGAGAGAGACUGAAGGAGGGAUGGAGGAGGAGACUGAAGGAGGGAUGGAGGAGGAGACUGAAGGAGGAUGCUCUCAGCAUGCUGCUGUUCUGAGAAGCUGGGCGUCUGUUAAGUGUUAAGAGCGAGUGAAGACAGAAGGACCGAGUAUGGUGGUCAGUGUCGCUAGCCAGUGAAGAGUGGAUGAAGACGCUCUGUAAAUGAGCAGCCCAGGAAGGGCCAAGAGAAGGACACCAACAUAAGAGAGGGGGAGAGAGAGGAGGUAACUUGUGGUAUGUUCGUUACAGAUGCUGUUUUGAAUUAAAGAAAAUUGUACCUCCACACUGAAGAAGCCUGUAAAGCCGAAACGUCUGUGUACGCUAUCCCUGAUGCAGUGAAACGUCUGUGUACGCUAUCCCUGAUGCAGUGAAACGUCUGUGUACGCUAUCCCUGAUGCAGUGAAACGUCUGUGUAUGCUAUCCCUGAUGCAGUGAAACGUCUGUGUAUGCUAUCCCUGAUGCAGUGAAACGUCUGUGUACGCUAUCCCUGAUGCAGUGAAACGUCUGUGUACGCUAUCCCUGAUGCAGUGAAACGUCUGUGUAUGCUAUCCCUGAUGCAGUGAAACGUCUGUGUACGCUAUCCCUGAUGCAGUGAAACGUCUGUGUACGCUAUCCCUGAUGCAGUGAAACGUCUGUGUAUGCUAUCCCUGAUGCAGUGAAACGUCUGUGUAUGCUAUCCCUGAUGCAGUGAAAAUCAUUAAUAACAUUGAAUAAUGAAGAAAGCUUUAUGCUACAUCUUUUUGAGUGUGAACCCAUUACAUCUCUUUGCAUUUCAAAGUGAGGCCCGAGAGCGGCUUUUGAAACUAUGCAUGCACCCUGUACGAAUGUAAUUAGAAAUGUAACACUAGCCAUAACCAAUUACCAGCUGUAAUCCUAACAUUAAGGGUUUAGGGAGUGCUCCUAAUCUCAGCUUGUUACCUGUAUAAAAGACACCUGUCCACAGAAGCAAUCAAUCAGAUUCCAAACUCUCCACCAUGGCCAAGACCAAAGAGCUCUCCAAGGAUGUCAGGGACAAGAUUGUAGACCUACACAAGGCUGGAAUGGGCUACAAGACCAUCGGCAAGCAGCUUGGUAAGAAGGUGACAACAGUUGGUGUGAUUAUUCGCAAAUGGAAGAAACACAAAAGAACUGUCAAUCUCCCUCGGCCUGGGGCUCCAUGCAAGAUCUCACCUCGUGGAGUUGCAAUGAUCAUGAGAACGGUGAGGAAUCAGCCCAGAACUACACGGGAGGAUCUGAAGGACUGAAAUCCUGCAGCGCCCGCAAGGUCCCCCUGCUCAAGAAAGCACAUAUACAGGGCCGUCUGAAGUUUGCCAAUGAACAUCUGAAUGAUUCAGAGGAGAACUGGGUGAUGUGGUCAGAUGAGACCAAAAUGGAGCUCUUUGGCAUCAACUCAACUCGCCGUGUUUGGAGGAGGAGGAAUGCUGCCUAUGACCCCAAGAACACCAUCCCCACCGUCAAACAUGGAGGUGGAAACAUUAUGCUUUGGGGGUGUUUUUCUGCUAAGGGGACAGGACAACCUCACCUCAUCAAAGGGACGAUGGACGGGGCCAUGUACCGUCUAAUCUUGGGUGAGAACCUCCUUCCCUCAGCCAGGGCAUUGAAAAUGGGUCGUGGAUGGGUAUUCCAGCAUGACAAUGACCCAAAACACACGGCCAAGGCAACAAAGGAGUGGCUCAAGAAGAAGCACAUUAAGGUCCUGGAGUGGCCUAGCCAGUCUCCAGACCUUAAUCCCAUAGAAAAUCUGUGGAGGGAGCUGAAGGUUCGAGUUGCCAAAUGUCAGCCUCAAAACCUUAAUGACUUGGAGAAGAUCUGCAAAGAGGAGUGGAACAAAAUAUCUUCUGAGAUGUGUGCAAACCUGGUGGCCAACUACAAGAAACGUCUGACCUCUGAUUGCCAACAAGGGUUUUGCCACCAAGUACUAAGUCAUGUUUUGCAGAGGGGUCAAAUACUUAUUUCCCUCAUUAAAAUGCAAAUCAAUUUAUUAAAUUUUUGACGUGUUAUUCUGUCUCUCACUGUUCAAAUAAACCUACCAUUAAAAUUAUAGACUGAUCAUGUCUUUGUCAGUGGGCAAUGUACAAAAUCAGCAGGGGAUCAAAUACUUUUUUCCCACAUGGUACUAGCGACUACGGUGCGGCACUGCAGAGAGCAUCUCACUUUCAUAAGCAGAUGUGACCAUCUUCUAUAGGUUAAUCACCUGUCACACUUGCCUCCCCUGAAUUGCAAUUUAGAUUGGUUUGUUGCUAGCGCAGCAUCUGACCUGAGGGGUAACUACACCGCUUCCUUUCCCCAUCUUCUCCAUUCAUGAGCAUGAAAGGAUUGGCUAGGAUCCACCACCUUACUUUUACCUUGGAAGUCCUAUGGGGACACCGCCCGAGAGUGUUCACAUCAGAUGAAUGGUGCUGCGCUUGUAAAGGGUUGGCCAAGCUGUCAAUUCAAACUUUACACGGCAGCGCUCUCGAGGGGACUCGAUUCUCAUUCAUCAUGCUGCCAUAGACUUUGAGUGAAUGCAGGCCAAUGAAGGCGUGUUAGUGGUGAUGGGUGUUGGCUAGCACCAUGCAUGUCAAUGACCAAGGGCACUAGGACUGCUGUAAGUGGCCAAUGCUGUUAAGGGCUGCUGUACCAUGGACAAGGGAGGUACAGGACAUGGCUGACUUGUGCACUAGAUGCAUAUCAUUUGAGGUAGAACUCUCUUGUGUCUGGUCCCCCCUCCCCAGGACCGUAAGAUGCUGUCCACGGCCCAGCAGAUGCUUCAGGACAGCCGCACCAAGAUUGAGCUGCUCCGCAUGCAGAUUGUGAAAGUCACCCAGGCCAGAGAGGGGGAGCGGGAAGCCACAGAGACAGACGGUGAGAUGUACACAACCUGUGUGUGUGUGUGAGCUUGUUUGUCCUUUGCCAUGUCAUUGUCUUGGUUAUACACUACAUGGCCAAAUAUAUGUGGACACCCCUUCAAAUUAGUGGAUUCAGCUAUUUCAGCCACACCCGUUGCUGACCGGUGUAUAAAAUCGAGCACACAGCCAUGCAAUCUCCAUAGCUAAACAUUGGCAGUAGAAUGGCCUUAUUGAAGAGUUCCGUGACGUUCAACAUGGCACUGUCAUAGAGUCCCACCUUUCCAACAAGUCAGUUUGGCAAAUUUCUUCCCUGCUAGAGCUGCCCCGGUCAACUGAAAGUGCUGUUAUUGUGAAGUGGAAACGUCUAUGAGCAACAACGGCUCAGCCGCAAAGUGAUAGGCCACACAAGCUCACAGAACACGACCGCCGAGUGCCGUAGAGUGUAAAAAUUGUCUGUCCUCGGUUGCAACACUCACUACAGAGUUCCAAAAUGCCUCUGGAAGCAACGGUAGCACAAUAACUGUUUGUCGAGAGCUUCAUGAAAUGGGUUUUCCAUGGCCGAGCAGCCGUCCACAAGCCUAAGAUCACCAUGUGCAAUGCCAAGCGUCGGCUGGAAGUGGUGUAAAGCUCGCCGCCAUUGGACUUUGGAGCAUUGGAAACGUGUUCUCUGGAGUGAUGAAUCAUGCUUCACCAUCUGGCAGUCCGACGGACAAAUCUGGGUUUGGCGGCUGCCAGGAGAACGCUACCUGCCCCAAUGCAUUGUGCCAACUGUAAAGUUUGGUGGAGGAGGAAUAAUGGCCUGGGGCUGUUUUUUCAUGGGUUCGGGCUAGGCCCCUUAGUUCCAGUGAAGGGAAAUCUUAAUGCUACAGCGUACAAUGACAUUCUAUACGAUUCUGUGCUUCCAACUUUGACAGUUUGGGAAAGGCGCUUUCCUGUUUCAGCAUGACAAUGCCCCCGUGCACAAAGUGAGGUCCAUACAGAAAUGGUUUAUCAAGAUCGGUGUGGAAGAACUUCACUGGCCUACACAGAGCCCUGACCUCAACCCCAUCGAACACCUUUGGAAUGAAUUGGAACGCCAACUGCGAGCCAGGCCUAAUCGCUCAAUGUCAGUGCUCAACCUCACUAAUGCUCUUGUGGCUGAAUGGAAGUAAGUCCCCGCAGCAAUGUUUCGUGGAAAUCCUUCCCAGAAGAGUGGAGGCUGUUAUAGCAGCAAAGGGGAGACCACCUCCAUAUUAAUGGCCAUGAUUUUGGAAUAAGAUGUUCGACGAGUAGGUGUCCACAUACUUUUGGUAAUGUUGUGUGUUUUUCCCAAGUGCCAUUCUUUUUAUUGUUAGUUCACUGGUGAAUGCUCACCCAUUCCUCCUCUCCCUCCCUACAGGCCGUCCCUCUGAGACGAUCAGUCCUCUAGAGCUGCGGGUGGCUGAGCUACGGCACCACCUGAAGAUUGAGGCUGCCGUGGCAGAGGGGGCCAAGAACGUGGUCAAGCACCUGGGCGGGCGCAAGGUGCAGGACCGCCGGGCGCUGGCAGAGGUAGGGCACCAGGAUAUAACUGAGGUCUUUCGAGGAAAUCUGGUAAAUGCAGGUCUGAUUCCUUUUAGGUUGCAGCUUAAAGAUGGAAUCUGCAGUAGGGGGAAACGGCGCCACUGUCCGUCCUACGGACAUUGUUAUUGUUUUUAGUUUUUUUGACGAAGCAGAGGUGGGGAGCAUUGCGCAUCAAGGUAAAAACAAAUAAUAAUGGCAGUACAUAUGCUGCUGUUCCAUGCAAUGAUGUCAGAGGGGGGAAAAUAGUUGUUUAUGUGUGUGUUUGUGCUCAUGUAUGUGACUAUAUGUAUGUUCCCCAGGCCCAGACUAGGCUGCAGGAGUCGUGCCAGAAGCUGGACCUGCUGCGUCUGUCUCUGGAGCGCCGUCUAGUUGAGCUGCCCGGGGACCACCCCAAACUGGCCGUUAUCAAGGAGGAGCUCAUCCUGGGUGCCUCCUCGCCCUCCCUGGGUCUGCAGCUGGAGCGCCUCAACUCCACCUCCUCUUCCUGCUCCUCGUCCUCCUUCUUCAAACCUGCCACUCUCACAGGUAACUGACAGCGUUGUUACUCUAUGCUACAGCGGCCUGGUUUAGUUAACUAUUCAAAAUGUGUGUGGUACUUUGUUGGGUCUCGUGUUAUUUUUGUAUGGUAACGUUACAAUUUGAUAUUUUGUUGUCAUAUAGUAUAUUGAUGUGACCCUGAACGAAAGUACUCAUGAAAAGACCAUUACAAAAUGUGUGUAUGCCCUUGUAUAAAGUGGAGCCAAGGACAUGGAGUUUGAAUGACUUUCUCAGGGCAGUAAGCCUGAAGUAAUGUUCCCUGUAUGUUGUCUCUCCUCUCUCCAGGGCGGUUGGAGGUGCGUCUGAUGGGCUGCCAGGACCUGCAGGAGUCAGUGCCAGGUCGGUGCCGCAUGGCCUGCAUCACCUCAACCCCAGGCAGCCCCUCAGAGGCCAAGUCCCUGAAGAUGAGGGCCGGUCUCUCCGGACGCAGCACCAACGGCAAAGUCACCAAGACCGACGAGCUCUCCCGUGAGUCUAUACUAGUCCUAUACAAAUGUUUUACAUUUUCAUUACUCCCAUAAAAAGUCAUGUAAAACAUGCAAAUAUUUCAUACUCUGAUAUCGUUCAUGUUCAGGGACAAGGAGUGGUAAUUUGCUUACUAACAGGGUGUCCGCAGGUCCUUAAGUCUUAUUCAUUUAUCUGAUUUUUAAAGGCCUUAAUAUGUUUUAAAAGGUCUUAAAAUCUGCGACAGAGAUGACUACAGUGUUUCCAUUAUGUGCCGCUGCUUAAUUUUUCCAAUGAAAAAAACGGAAAUAAUACUUUUCGCACUUUCAAGAAGUUAGAGAGCUAUCCAACCACACGUUGGAGAGCUAUCCAACCACACGUUGGAGAGCUAUCCAACCACACGUUGGAGAGCUAUCCAACCACACGUAUGCUACUACAUUCAUUAGGCUACAGGAAAAUGCUCAUUGCUAAAAUAGCACACCUGCCUGAUAAUAUGAGCCAUGUAGGCUAUAGCCAGCCCUAGAAAUACUACUUAUUGCCAAUAUGGGCUCAUUUUAGGAGAGGAAUAUUAGCAGGUGUGUGGCGCGUGCAGACCUAAACAUUUGUAUUAAAUUGCAUUCCAAGUGGCACUAAAAAGGUCUUAAAGUCUUACAUUCAACUUCAUGGAACCUGCAGAUACCCUGUACUAAGAGCAGAAAUCCUCACCUAAGAAAAGUAGCUAAGGAUAUGGCCCUAUUCUCUUUGGAAUGAGAAGCAUACAAUCAUUCGACCCAGAGUCUUUGGCUGUGGUAAUUUAGUAUCCCAGUCAGUAUCUGACUGGGACAGCUAGUGUGUGUCUGUGGAGGUGUACUGACUAUCUGUCCCACUGUAUGUUGUCCACAGCGGAGAUCAGUGCGGUGCUGAAGGUGGACAACAGGAUGGUGGGCCGGACACACUGGAGAGCCCUGAGCAAGGAUGCCUGGGACCAGAGCUUCAGCAUCGAGCUGGAGCGGGUCAGUGUUCUCUUUAACACCAGUAGGAGCAGUUCAAGCGUUCUAUUCCUUUGCAUGGAAACUGUAUUCUCUCAAAGUAACACACUAUAGGUGCCAAGAGUCAUGUUAAAUUGUGUAGAAAUGCAGGAAAUUAGCUUUAGAUUGCAAAAAUAAUUCUGGGGGAGGAGCCCCAGACCCCCAGCCAUCAGUUGUCCCCUACACAUCUCAAAAUCAAAGUUACCGGAACGCCACUUCCAAACAGUUGGUCUAUCAAUGGCACUCUUGUCUCAUCGAUGCUUAAAUCUUCAGAUGGAAUGCUAUUUUUUUUCAUAAUGAUAGUAAAUAUUUGAUAGGAGGAUUUAAGUGUCUACUGUUGGAUAGCAGACUGAUAAAGACAUGACCAUCUUGCCCUCACGUACAAAUGCCAGAAGCUUUCCUCCUUGAUAAUCUCCAGAUCUAAAACGAAUCACCUUCAGCUGCAGUCAUCAAGCUCUAGAGUGCUCAGACAAACUGUCAUCGUGGCCAUCCAAAGGCCAGCAAGAGUCUCUGCUGGCUUUAUCAACUCUCAGCUAUUGGAAAGCAGUGAAGCAAUCGCCCCUCUCUCAUGCCUCCACUCCACCUCUGCAGAUGUAAUCCCACUGCUAAUCCUUUAACACUUUCCACUCCUCUAAACCGUUGCCUCCAAAAGCCUGACAUGGGUCUAUGGUUCAGCUCCAAGACUACUUUCAGCUCCUAGCUCAAGGGCACACACUACUUUCAGUCCCCAGCUCCCAGCCUCUCAAGGCUCCACUAAGAGUCUUAAAAUGGCACAUCUGAGUCGCGCUGUACUGGUAUUUUGGAUUGUGCUGCGGAAAGCCUCAGGCUGGGGCUUUUUUAAAGCUAAACAAGAUUAAAUGUUAUUUCUUGUAGAGGAAGAUAAGGUGUUGCAGUGUGUGAAAAUGUUCCCUUUUCCCCGCAAAUCUAUUUGUAUUUCUUUCCCUAAAAAUCGCUAACUAAAAGUAUGUGUGUCCAGUCCAGGGAGCUGGAGAUUGGGGUGUACUGGCGGGACUGGAGGGCUCUGUGUGGGGUCAAGUUCCUGCGUCUAGAGGACUUCCUAGACAACCAGCGCCACGGCAUGUGUCUUUACCUGGAGCCCCAGGGCAUGCUGUUCGCUGAGGUAACUAGCACCCUUAUUUCACAAUCAACAUAAGACAUUGUCACAAUCACUAUUAUAUAUGCCACAAUCAGUAAUAUGUCACAAUCACUGGCCUUAAUGGCCAUGUACUCUUAUAAUCUCCACCCGGCACAGCCAGAAGAGGACUGGCCACCCCUCAAACCCUGGUUCCUCUCUAGGUUUCUGCCUUUCUAGGGAGUUUUUCCUAGCCACUGUGCUUCUACAUCUGCAUUGCUUGCUGUUUGGGGUUUUAGGCUGGGUUUCUGUAUAGCACUUUGUGACAUCUGCUGAUGUAAAAAGGGCUUUAUAAAUACAUUUGAUUGAUCACUAUUUUAUCACCAUUAGACAUUACAGGGCAUUCGGAAAGUAUUCAGACCCCUUUACUUUUUCCACAUUUUGUUGCGUUACAGCCUUAUUCUAAAUGGAUACAAUUAAUAUUCUUCCCCAUCAAUCAACACAAUACCCGAUAAUGACAAAGCGAGAUUUUAGCAUAUUUAUUACAAAUAAACAAAUACGUUAUUUACAUAAGUAUUCAGACCCUUUGCUAUGAGAUUUGAAAUUAAGCUCAGGUGCAUCCUGUUUCCAUUGAUCAUCCUUGAGAUGUUUCUACAACUUGAUUGCAGUCCACCUGUGGUAAAUUCAAUUGAUUUGGAAAGGUUUGUCUAUAUAUAAGGUCCCACAGUUGACAGUGCAUGUCAGAGCAAGAAUCAAUCCAUUUUGACCCCCCCUUUGUUCAGGGACACAUUAUUCAAUUUCUGUUAGUCACAUUUAUUUAUUUAUUUAUUUUUAGUCAUUUAGCAGACGCUCUUAUCCAGAGCGACUUACAUGAGCAAUUAGGGUUAAGUGCCUUGCUCAAGGGCACAUCGACAGAGAAAGUGUAUGUGGAACUUGUUCAGUUUAUGUAUGUUGUUGAAUGUUGUUAUGUUCAUACAAAUAUUAACACAUGUUACAUUUGCUGAAAAUUAAACGCGGUUGACAGUGAGAGGACAUUUCUUUUUUUGUUACUUUCCACUAAGCUACCUGCCGCCCCAGGAAUCAACACCAUCUCUUCUAGAUUAUGCUACCUGACCACAACAAUCACCACUAUACAAUCACCACUACAACCACAGUUAACCAUUGUUUUACUGUUUUAAUUUUAGGUGACAUUCAUCAACCCUGUCAUUGAGUGGCAUCCUAAGCUUCAGAGACAGAAGCGCAUAUUCCCUAAAGAAAAAGGUAUAUGUUCCUGAUAUUUUCCAAUAUACAGUGCGGAAAAAAAGUAUUUAGUCAGCCACCAAUUGUGCAAGUUCUCCCACUUAAAAAGAUGAGGGCCUGUAAUUUUCAUCAUAGGUACACGUCAACUAUGACAGACAAAAUGAGAAAAUAAAAUCCAGAUUUUUUUUAAAUGAAUUUAUUUGCAAAUUAUGGUGGAAAAUAAGUAUUUGGUCAAUAACAAAAGUUUCUCAAUACUUUGUUAUAUACCCUUUGUUGGCAAUGACACAGGUCAAACGUUUUCUGUAAGUCUUCACAAGGUUUUCACACACUGUUGCUGGUAUUUUGGCCCAUUCCUCCAUGCAGAUCUCCUCUAGAGCAGUGAUGUUUUGGGGCUGUCGCUGGGCAACACGCAUUUUCAACUCCCUCCAAAGACUUUCUAUGGGGUUGAGAUCUGGAGACUGGCUAGGCCACUCCAGGACCUUGAAAUGCUUCUUACGAAGCCACUCCUUCGUUGCCCGGGCAGUGUGUUUGGGAUCAUUGUCAUGCUGAAAGACCCAGCCACGUUUCAUCUUCAAUGCCCUUGCUGAUGGAAGGAGGUUUUCACUCAAAAUCUCACGAUACAUGGCCCCAUUCAUUCUUUCCUUUACACGGAUCAGUCGUCCUGGUCCCUUUGCAGAAAAACAGCCCCAAAGCAUGUUUCCACCCCCAUGCUUCACAGUAGGUAUGGUGUUCAUUGGAUGCAACUCAGCAUUCUUUGUCCUCCAAACACGACGAGUUGAGUUUUUACCAAAAUAUAUAUUUUGGUUUCAUCUGACCAUAUGACAUUCCCCCAAUCCUCUUCUGGAUCAUCCAAAUGCACUCUAGCAAACUUCAGACGGGCCUGGACAUGUACUGGCUUAAGCAGGGGGACACGUCUGGCACUGCAGGAUUUGAGUCCCUGGUGGCGUAGUGUGUUACUGAUGGUAGGCUUUGUUACUUUGGUCCCAGCUCUCUGCAGGUCAUUCACUAGGUCCCCCCGUGUGGUUCUGGGAUUUUUGCUCACCGUUCUUGUGAUCAUUUUGACCCCAAGGGGUGAGAUCUUGCGUGGAGCCCCAGAUCGAGGGAGAUUAUCAGUGGUCUUGUAUGUCUUCCAUUUCCUAAUAAUUGCUCCCACAGUUGAUUUCUUCAAACCAAGCUGCUUACCUAUUGCAGAUUCAGUCUUCCCAGCCUGGUGCAGGUCUACAAUUUUGUUUCUGGUGUCCUUUGACAGCUCUUUGGUCUUGGCCAUAGUGGAGUUUGGAGUGUGACUGUUUGAGGUUGUGGACAGGUGUCUUUUAUACUGAUAACAAGUUCAAACAGGUGCCAUUAAUACAGGUAACGAGUGGAGGACAGAGGAGCCUCUUAAAGAAGAAGUUACAGGUCUGUGAGAGCCAGAAAUCUUGCUUGUUUGUAGGUGACCAAAUACUUAUUUUCCACCAUAAUUUGCAAAUAAAUUCAUUAAAAAUCCUACAAUGUGAUUUUCUGGAAUUUUUUCUCUCAAUUUGUCUGUCAUAGUUGACGUGUACCUAUGAUGAAAAUUACAGGCCUCUCUCAUCUUUUUAAGUGGGAGAACUUGCACAAUUGGUGGCUGACUAAAUACUUUUUUCCCCCACUGUAUCAUGACAUGGGAAACCGAUCGAACUGUCUUUAGCUGCCUUUACCCGGUACCACAACCUGGCUUCAACACAACCUGUAAAUGACUACUGACAUCACAUCCUGUUUUCUCAGGGAAGAACUUCCUGCGGGCGGCCCAGAUGAACAUGAACUUUGCCACGUGGGGGCGUCUGAUGAUGAGCGUCCUGCCCCCCUGCAAUGGUUCCUUGCAGGCCAUGAGCCCCCCGCUGGUGGGCUCCGACAUGGCCGUCACCUCGCCCCCCUCCAUGGAGAAGAUGGCCAAGUCCACCCCCCCUCCACUACGGUAAGGGUACACCCAGGCCCCCCUCCACUAAGGUAAGGUGGGGGUACACCCAGGCCCCCCUCCACUAAGGUAAGGGUACACCCAGGCCCCCCUCCACUAAGGUAAGGUGGGGGUACACCCAGGCCCCCCUCCACUAAGGUAAGGGUACACCCAGGCCCCCCUCCACUAAGGUAAGGUGGGGGUACACCCAGGCCCCCUCCACUAAGGUAACGGUACACCCAGGCCCCCUCCACUAAGGUAAGGGUACACCCAGGCCCCCUCCGCUAAGGUAAAGUAGGUAGGUACACCCAGGCCCCCUCCGCUAGGCUAAGGUAGGUAGGUACACCCAGGCCCCCUCCACUAAGGUAAGGUGGGGGUACACCCAGGCCCCCUCCACUAAGGUAAGGUGGGGGUACACCCAGGCCCCCUCCACUGAGGUAAGGUGGGGGUACACCCAGGCCCCCUCCACUGAGGUAAGGUGGGGGUACACCCAGGCCCCCUCCACUAAGGUAAGGUGGGGGUACACCCAGGCCCCCUCUUAAGACCAACUGUAACAUUGAUUUUGUGGCCCACAUAUUCACAAAUAGUCUCAGAAUAGGAGGGCUGGUAUAGGAUCACUUUUGUCUUUAAGAUCAUAAUAACUAGGAGUAUGGACAGGGGGGGCCUGAUCCUAGAUCAGCUUGCAAGUCAAGCAUUUCACUGUACUUGUGCAUGUGACAAUAAAACUCUGACAGUGGUAUUGAUUACAGUAAUGAAAAUGGAAAUAUUUUCUGGAGGCUAGUUCUGUCGUUGCAGAGAUUCUGCGGUGGUGAAACUGGACUUCAGUGAGGAACGCCCCACCAAGUCCCUGCAGAACAACGUGGGGAAAACUCCCACAUCAGAAUCCAUGUGGCAAACCACUCUCUCUCAGGUAGGAGACUAACAGGAAAAACAACAAUUUUUUAAAACUAUAUAUUAUGUUUCAUGAGCGCUACAAAGUCUCCGCUCAUAGUUUCACACGUAGAAAUAGGAUUGCGUUCUAGCCAUUCUGUUUAAAUGGUCUCACUUUCCCAGCGAAUUUGCAGUUCCACAGCAUUUAGGGGCUCGUCCACUCAUGUUUCUGUGGAGUAUCAAAUGUCUCCGUCUUCAGGUUAUUUUUGUUCUCUCUCUCUCUCCCUUCCCUCAGUCCUCCAAAGGUCAUUCAACCGAGGAUAACAGGCCAUCACCCAAGCUAAGGACUGUAUCUCAGCCCACUCCUAAGUAUGUCCCACUCACUCAGUAUAACCACCUCCUACACACACACACAGCAGUAACCCAAAUCCACUACUUAUUAUUUAAGCCCCGUCAGGACUGGAAGUUAUGUUUGUUAUCUAACCCCCCUCCCUCUUUCACGUUCCCUCCUUCUUGUUUGUUUUGUGUUCAGGAGGAAAGUGAAGGGUGGGAUGCAAAUGGAAGAUUUCAACUGCAUCUCGGUUCUGGGACGAGGACACUUUGGAAAGGUACUGUCACACUCCCAACCCAAGGCCCUCAUACCUAAGAAGGGAACGUUUUAUUUAGUUACACUGGGUUGUAUUCAUUUAAAACAUAUUUUGCAAAGGAAAGCAAAAAGUCCAAGUAGUCCCUCCUUGUUUUCUUCUGUUCGGUGUUCACGACCUGCUCACUGUGUGUUGCACCUAAAUCCUUCCACCCUCCCCACUGCCCCAAGGUCUUGCUGGCAGAGUUCAAGAGGUCAGGCAAACUGUAUGCCAUCAAAGCCUUGAAGAAAGGGGACGUUGUGACGCGUGAUGAAGUGGAAAGGUGAGCGAGACCAGUGAGUGUAUUUAGACAUAUCACAGGUUGAGCAAACAGGAUCAGAAAGACUCUAGCAGUUGCAUUCCACCUAAAAUUUACCGUUUUUUUGUUUGUGUGUUCGUUCUUUCUUGUGUGCAUGUCUGUGAUUUAGUCUAAUGUGUGAGAAGAGGAUCUUUGAGACGAUCAACUCCUCCCACCAUCCCUUCCUGGUGAAUCUGCACGGCUGUUUCCAGACGGCGGACCACGUGUGCUUUGUGAUGGCGUACUCCCCCGGGGGAGACCUCAUGACCCACAUACACACCAGCAUCUUCACUGAGAGACAGGCUCAGUAAGCCUUACGCAACACACACACACACAACACAGACACAGGCCUCAUUAGGACAGCGACCUAAGUGUGAAGCAUUGCAAUUCCAGGCUGUAAGGCAACAAAAUAUGCAAAUAAUGCAAGGGGCGUGUACAUUUUCUACAGGCACUACGAACAUGUGACUACAAAUGGAUAAUGCAGGCUAGUCUAAUUUUCAUAGAAAGGGUACAGUAGUGAGUACGAGCUUUAGAGUUGGUGAUGUAUCUGAACUCACCGUUAUGUGUGCCUUGUUUAGGUUCUAUGCCUCCUGCGUGCUGCUGGGACUAGAGUUUCUGCACCAGAACAAGAUCGUUUACCGGUGAGUAAGUUCUCUCAGCGCUGCUUUCCAGCCCUCCGCUUUCAUACACACCUAAGAACCUACCUGUGGGUCAUUCUUUCCCGACAAUGCAGUUAUCAAUAGUACUAUAAAACAUUUAUUAAGUCAAGUAGAACAAAAACACACAAGAAAUAGAAAUAAGAACACGAGAAAGUAGGAAAGCUAUAUACAGGAUCAGAUCCUUCUUAGUGUCUCAUUUCAUCCUGUGUCAUCUUUCUCACCUCUCUUCUCUCUCAGGGAUCUGAAGCUAGACAACCUGUUGAUGGACGCAGAUGGCUAUGUGAGGAUAGCAGACUUUGGAUUGUGCAAGGAAGGUACGUACGGUACAUUAUGGUUAUGGAAUUCCCUUUGAGACCCACUGUCCCACCCACUCACUUGGUUUAUCAAAAUGAACAGUCUGUGUUAAUGCCGCCAGUGUUAUUAAUCAAUGAUUUAGGUUGCACUUUAAUUCAGUUAUUCGCUUUUAGCCCUGUGCUAAGCAACACCUCACUAUUUAGAAGUGGGACAACAGCGUCAAGCUUGCUGUCUUGAUGCACACCCCUCCAAUCCUUCUAAAUAGUUCAAUUUCCCCCUCCUGUGUGUGUGUGUGUGUGUGUGUAUCUGCAGGUAUGGGUCAUGGAGAUCGCACCUCCACGUUCUGCGGCACGCCAGAGUUCCUGGCCCCCGAGGUGCUGACAGACAACAACUAUACCCGCUGUGUGGACUGGUGGGGCCUGGGUGUCCUCAUCUACGAGAUGCUGGUGGGAGAGGUCAGUAGAAUAGAGAUGAUAAAUGGAACCUAGAGGAUCUUUCUGGUCAGUUGGCUCACAGGUCCACUCCUAUGGUGAAUCUGCCAAGUAUUUUGAGUUUGAGGUCUUGGUUGAAUUUACAUGUUUGGUCCAGAGAAAUUCACAGAGAAACCUAAAGGAUGUUUCUGGUCAGUUGGCUCACAAGGUCCAAUCAUAUGGUGAACCCAUUAAGUAUUAUUCUGAUGAUUGGUCUUGAUUUAAUGAAGAUGUUUCCGGAUGCUAAGGAGUGAGUUUGGUUGGACUUUUGUUGCGCUCUCUCUUUCUCCUCUCGUCUGUGGCAGUCUCCCUUCCCUGGUGACGAUGAGGAGGAGGUGUUUGACAGCAUAGUGAAUGAUGAGGUGCGCUACCCCAGGUUCCUCUCGCCAGAGUCUGUCUCCAUCACCCAGAAGGUAUGUGGGCCAUCCUCUCGGUAUACUGCCUUGUACAAUUCAGGAUACAGGUUACCUCUUUAUUUAUUUUUUAUGUUUUUCUGAAUCAACAACAAACUGCAUUGCAAGUACACUAAAUGAAAACUGAGGGGGAAAAAACAUACAAAGAUGCACAGUGGGGGGGCGGAGACUGAGCCGGUGGGGGGGGCGGAGACUGAGCCGGUGGGGGGGGCGGAGACUGAGCCGGUGGGGGGGGCGGAGACUGAGCCGGGGGGGGGGGGGGGAGACUGAGCCGGGGGGGGGAGACUGAGCCGGGGGGGGGCGGAGACUGAGCCGGGGGGGGGGGGGGGGGGGGGCGGAGACUGAGCCGGUGGGGGGGCGGCAACUGAGCCGGUGGGGGGGGCGGCGACUGAGCCAGGCUUUCCUAUUGUGCUGCAGUUACUGCAAAAGAACCCUGAGAGGCGACUGGGAUCAGGAGAGCCGGAUGCCAACGAGGUCAAGAAACACAGGUUCUUCCAGGUAAAAACGAGCUUAAUUUGUGGCCUUUGGGUCAUUUCAAUUCAGUUGAGCAUCACCAAGAUUUUGGUAUAAUACAUUUUGAUGUAUAAUUUUGUUGAUCCCAGGGAGUGGACUGGGAGGCCUUGCUUCACAAAAAAGUGGUUCCCCCGUUCUUCCCGCACAUCAAGACGCCAGGGGACGUCAGUAACUUUGACGAGGAGUUCACAAAGCUCAAGCCAGUCCUCACCCCCCCACAGACACCCUACUUUCUCACUGCAGACCAACAGGAGAUCUUUGCCGAUUUCGACUUCUCCUCGCUGCACUGA